AAUUCCCACGAUCGAUGCGCCUUCUUUGAAACCAAGCCUGGAGUUGCUGCUGCCUCGCGCCCUUCUCAAUCUGACACGACAGUGCAGAUUGCGUGUGGUUGAUUCCUCCUCGUGCUCUUCGGUUGACCCGUGUGGUUUUGCCUGCUUGCUUUCCAUGGUUGAUUUUCCGUCUGCUUGCUAGGUGCGGUCGUACUAACAUGUUCACUUAUCGUUUGCGCUGCGCUCCCGUCUCGCCGAUGCUUUGGUUUCCUGCGGCAUUUUGAGGUCAAUUUUUGAGCAAUCAUCGUUGGGUUCAAGUGUCCUACAGUGGAUGGGGCGUUGCUAUCACAAUUAAUCACGCCUAAUGCAGUGCAUGAAUACAGGCCCUGAUUUGUGCUUGCACGUUUGCAGUCUGCGGCAUGUCCGCCUGAAUUUAGCCAAGUAUGUUCGUUCGUGGUGAAAGAGACAGCUCCAGGCCUAGUAUAAAGUUUAAUUAUUAUUCGUUUGUUGCCUUGUCUUGCCUGUGUCUUCUGACUUCCUCUACAUCUUUCCCUUCAAAAAGGGUUGGUAAUUGAAAUUUGGAAACUGGCUGUACGAGUAGUAUCAGUUAUUAUAGCACCUCGCACCCAAGAUCAGAUUAUACAAUACAAGAUCAGGAUCUUGAAAACAAUAGUUCACUCUCUGAAAGGGCCUGACAUCUAUAUUUAUCUUCUGUAUCUGCCUGUAUGUGUUGAAUUUUACUGUGCUGCAAUAUUGCAAUAUGAUGUUUAUGUUAAAUCGCUCGCUUCUUGGACUUACUUUUGCUUUAGUUGUGUGUACAACUGUACAUUAUGCACUCACCAAGGUUCUCUCAGAUAUUCUAUCCUAAUAAAACACUGAAUUUCAUCUGAGCGUUUUUAGCACUUCCAGUAUUUUCAAGGGGCAUAAUAAUCUCUCUUGAGAGAUGAUUUGCAUCUCAAUUUUCUGAUCUUUCUCUACAUGCUUUCAUGGCUUUUCAACUUUUAUAUGCAGCCCUGUCCCAAGGGGUGCUUUAAUGCUCCGGUCGUACCUAAUUCAGAAGGUCAGAAUAUCUUGGCACCCGUCCUUCCAAUCGGUCACAUUGCUUCAAGGGCAUUCGCUUUCGCAGUUGCCGUGACUGGAAAAGAACAAAGGAAGUUCGAACCUGAUCUUCUGAGGAUUGUUGCUGCUUCUCCGCGAGGGAUCAUUGGUUUCCUUCAGGAUCAACUGCUGGCGGCAGCCGCUGCAGGAGGAGGCACAGCGAAGGGAAGGGAGGUGGCGGUGGGGCUCCUCAUUACGGCCUUUUCCCCAGCAGCACAGCUCACUCCAGCAGCGGCAGCGACUGCAGGGAAAGCAAAGCAAAGGAGCGGCACGCCAGCCAUCGCCAUGGCAGAGGAGAAGAAGAAGCACAAGCACAGCAAGCACAAGGAGAAGGACAAGGAGAAGAAGGACAAGGCCGGCGGCGCGGCGGCGGCGGCGGAGGCGAGCUUCAAGCCGUGCGGCGACGUGAAGGGCAUCCGCUUCGGCGGGCAGUUCAUCGUCAAGUCGUUCACGGUGCGUCGCGCGUCGCCGCUGGAGCUGCUCCGGCUGCUGGACAUCCCGCCGUCGUUCCUGAGCGAGCUGCAGAGCCUGCCGUUCCCGUCCACCACCGCCUACAUGCCCACCAGCUUCACCAUCCUGGCGCACCAGGCGUGGCACACGCUCACGCUCGGCCUCGGCACCAAGAAGUCCAAGGUGGUGCUCUUCGUGUUCGAGUCGGAGGCCAUGAAGGCGGCCGUGGACCAGCUGUGGCCGGCCAUGAUCCCGCUCGGGGACGUGAACAAGAAGCUCAUCCGCGGCCUCUCCGGCAGCGAGAUGGCGCGCUUCAAGUUCAGGAAGGGGUGCCUCACCAUCUACGUCUACGCCGUGCGCCGGCUGGGCGCCGCCGGCUUCGUGCGCGCCGACGACCUCAGGAGGAUACUGCAGGCCGUGGUGGAGCUCAAGGACUUCCUGGACCACACCGCCAUGCUCGCCAUGCCCAGUCAGAGGAGCAUCACCUUGCAGUCCCGGGGCACCGUGGCCCAAUGAUCCUGCUCCCGAUCGAUGGCCUCUUGCUCGAUCCAUUCCUGCAGCGCAGGUACUGUUAUUACUGGCUCGCAAUUCGCAAAGAGAUGUCUGAUUCUUUUGGGUUGGAUUAGUUUGUUUUUUCACUGUCGGUGUUCCCCUCCCCUGCCGGGAGCUGUAUAGAUCUAUAUGUCGAGCAAAAUCUUAAGCAUAGAAAUUUUCCCAAAGGAAAUGAUCUUACUCCACUUUUAGUAUACUCCUGCCUCUGAAAUUAUCCUUCAUCAAUGAAGAAGCCAUGUGCUCUGUUCUAUGACUAUGAGAGGCAUUUUCAUGUAGCAUUGUACUACAGCAGUUGUUGCCACA